GCUGUCUCAGCACACACUCACCGUGUUUAAGUGACUGGAUGCUGAGAGAGAAAAGAGAGAGGAGAAAUAUUUUAAAUCGGCGGGACAGAGAGGAGCAGUGCAGGCGGCUUUCCCACCCCCCCUCCUCGCUGCAGACAGCGAAGAAGCCGUGCGGAUUCCCUGCUGAUUCAAACGCGCUCACCUGACAGAAGGACAGGGGCGCAAAAAGACGCUUCACUGGUGGAGUAACCUAACCUGCUGUUCAGUCGGAUUGGACCGUUAUUGGAUCCGGCGUAAUUGCCCUUUCCCUUUUUCUUUUUGGAUAUUAUGUAAAAACACAAAAAGCUCUCACCAGCUGGACGGCAAAGCUCCAUUCAAGAUUUGGUCCUGAAGGAUUGGCUGCCGUUUGCAUACUGAUCAGUUUCCAGAGGGAAUAUCCAGAGCGCACAUCCACAGAGACCGUGCGGGUCCGAUGAAUGUGUAGCAGAGCCCAGCCAUGCCAAUAACAAGUAAAGGGUCAAGACCGAGGUCUUGGGUCAGCCGACCCUGCGUGUGUUCAAGGCUCUACCAGCCAAAGCUGCUCUUUUUUCUCUUCAUCCUCCUUCUUCAGUUAACAACUGUUCUUGGAGCACUGGAGCUCCAGCUAGAUGAAGGUCAGCCAGCAGGGACCAUUGUUGGUGACAUUAGUGCUGGGUUACCGCCUGAUGAAACUGCAAGUCUUUUUUUCAUCUCUGACCAUGAGGGCACAGGUGUUGGGAGUGACCUCCACAUCGAUGAGACCACAGGCAUUAUUACCACUGCACGAAGGCUUGACCGUGAAGAGAGGGAUCACUAUAGCUUCAUUGCUGUUACUAUGACAGGCACAACCAUUGAGGUGUCAAUCACUGUCAAUGAUAUCAAUGAUCAUGCGCCCGUGUUCCCCAAAAAGAAAACUGUUCUUAAGAUUCCUGAGCACACAGCAGUGGGAACGCGGUUUUCUCUGGACCCUGCUACUGAUGCAGAUAAGGACCAGCUGACCACUCAAGGCUAUGUUAUAAAAGAGGGCAAUGUUGGCCAGACAUUUGGACUUGAGACUAAAAGGGGAGCUAACAAGGUGCUGUAUCUAGACCUGGUGGUCAGUGGACUGUUGGACAGGGAGAAACGCUCAUCUUACACCCUGGUCCUAGAGGCCUUUGAUGGAGGCUCACCAAGAAGGAUAGGAUCAAUGACCCUGGAAGUUACAGUAACUGACAUCAAUGAUCAUGCACCGGUCUUUAAUCAGAGCAGAUACCACGCUAUCAUCUCAGAAAGUCUCCCACAAGGGAGUAGCAUCCUACAGGUGUUUGCAACAGACGAGGAUGAAGGUGACAAUGGUCUGGUGCUUUAUGAAAUCAAUCGCCGACAAAGUGAUCCUGACCGUUACUUUGUCAUUGAUCUAAAGUCAGGGGUCAUCACAUUGAAUAGGCCACUGGACUAUGAGCUGAAGAGGGUCCAUGAACUGGUGGUCCAGGCCAGGGAUAAUGCCAGCCAACCUGAGGUGACGAAUGCUUUUGUAACAAUUCAUGUCCGUGACUUCAAUGACAACCAGCCAACCAUGACCAUCAUCUUCCUCAGUGAAGACGGCUCUCCAAGAAUCUCAGAAGGAGCCCAACCAGGACAGUAUGUAGCUCGAAUAUCCGUCACCGACCCAGACUAUGGAGAGUAUGCCAAUGUUAAUGUGUCCCUGGAGGGUGGUGAUGGGAAGUUUGCUCUUACAACCAAGGACAGCAUCAUUUACCUGAUAUAUGUGGACCAAGUCUUGGACAGAGAGGAGCGGGAUUCAUAUGACCUCAGGGUGAUGGCCACAGACUCUGGCACACCUCCUCUCAGGGCGGAGUCCUCUUUCACCAUUCAAGUGACUGAUGUCAAUGACAAUCCUCCUCUUUUCGACCAACAGGCCUAUAGACAAACCAUUCCUGAGGUUGUGUACCCUGGAUCCUUUGUUCUUCAGGUAACAGCCAGGGACAAAGACCAGGGCCCAAACGGGGAUGUGCGAUAUACCCUACUAAAGGGGAAAAACUCUCACUCUGACUGGUUUUCAAUCGACCCACUAACAGGGAUCAUUACCACUGCAACUGCUCUGGACUUUGAAUCAGAACCAGCCCCUAGUAUAACUGUUGUUGCGACGGAUAGCGGCCGUCCACCCCUGUCAUCGACAGCAAAGGUGGACAUUGUGCUUCAGGAUGUUAACGACAACACACCUGUGUUCUCCAGAAACUUCUACAAUACCUCCAUCAAAGAAAACACCCCAGCUGGGACCUGCUUUUUAGAGGUGUCAGCCACAGACGAAGACCGUGGUUCCUUUGGUACUGUAGCCUAUACCCUGGCUUCAAGCUCUGGAAGCAUACUGCCAACAACCUUUACCAUAGACAAGGAGUCUGGUCAGCUUUGUACCAGCACAGCUCUUGACAGGGAUGAGGGGCUGGACAAGUUUGACCUGACUGUUACUGCAACAGAUGGAGGUGGCCUGAGCUCAGUAGCACGUGUUAGAGUCACAGUCUUAGACAUUAAUGACAACCGGCCCACCUUCUAUCCAGUUCAGUACACAGUCAGUCUCAGUACCCAUAGUGCUCCGGGAACCUCUGUUGUCAAGGUAACAGCCAAUGACCCUGAUGCUGGUGAAAACGGCAGGGUGACCUACCGCACAGUACCUGGAGGGGGCUCCACUUUCUUCACCCUCAACAAGGACACAGGUGUGAUUUCUCUGUCUCGCUCACUCCAUGGCAAAGCCAACACAGUCAUCUCCAUGGUGAUAUCAGCUGAGGAUGGUGGUGGUCUGACGGCACCCGUCAACGCCAGAGUCAAUGUGAGCGUGGUGGGAGGCUCUGUGGCAUCACCAGUGUUUGAACAGGCUCAGUAUUUUUUCACAGUGUCUGAGGAUGUUCUCAGGGGGACGGCAGUGGGAAUGGUUCGGGCUGCUACGAAAACAGGUGUGUCUAAAGGUAUUUCCUACUCCAUCUCUUCUGGAGACCCUGACGGUUACUUCACAGUGGAUAGUGCCACUGGUACCAUUCGCACAGCCCUUCCUCUUGACCAUGAAACCUUCUCGAGUCUUGAGCUUGAGAUCCAGGCACGUUCCGGCUCUCCUCCAGCCUAUGGAACCUGUCGGGUGCGCAUAACUAUUUCUGAUGUAAAUGACAAUGCCCCUACCUUCCUCCCUUCCUCAUCAGAGUCCCUGUUAUUGCCUGAGAUCACCAAAAUGGGGACUGUUAUCUACCGUAUUCAGGCCACAGACAAAGACUCUGGCCAUAACGGUCAGCUCAGCUUUGACCUAGUUUCUGCCGGUGCUGCAGGCAGCAGUGGUCAGAGGACGUUUGGCGUGGACCGUGGAAGUGGGGAGGUGCGUCUGAUUGGCAGUCUUUCAUAUGAGACUGUCCCACGCUACGAUCUUCAGGUGAUUGCCAAGGAUGGUGGAGCACCUCAGCUCAGUUCCACCUUCACACUUGUGGUUCACAUCCAAGCACAAGAUGCACAAGGCCCCAAGUUUGAUACCCUCACCUACAGAGUGGAACUACGGGAAAACACAGCUCUCAAUACCCGUUUCCUCCAGGUUCGAGCACUCAACAGGGAAGCUUCUGGGAAUGGUGGAAGCUCGUCAUCUUCUUCCUCUCCUAUUUCCUACCGCCUUAGGCCUGAUGGUGAUGCUGCUGGAUUUGGCAUCAUGCCAGACAGUGGUUGGCUGUUUGUUCGGAGCUCUCUGGAUCGAGAAGUCAAAGAUAUGUACCAUCUGACAGUCCUCGCCAUGUCAGGUCCUGGAGGAGCAGGGAGGACUGGCAGUGCAGCUGUCAGGGUGACUGUUACUGAUGAGAAUGACAAUUCCCCACGACUCAGCCAGGAGAGGGUGUUUCUGGCUGUCAGAGAGAACUUGCUGGCAGGGACAGGCUUUGGCAGGGCAUCUGCAACAGACAGAGAUGCAGGACUAAACGCUCGUCUCACCUACAAGCUGCUGCAUGCAGACAGGCACUUUCAGAUCAACUCACAAACAGGCGAGAUCAGCACCCGCCUUGCCCUGGACAGAGAGCAGCAGUCCAGCUAUCAGCUUGUUGUAGUUGUACAGGAUGGGGGCACGCCUCCUCGCAGCGCCACUGGCACUGCUCAUAUCACCGUGCUGGAUGAAAAUGACAAUGCCCCAGCUUUUACUCAUGUCAGGCCUGACAGGGAGCUGCUGCUUCAGGUGACAGAGGGUCUUCCAUCUGGGACAGUGGUUGGGACAGUGACAGCUAAAGACCCAGAUGAGGGAGAGAAUGGCACCAUAUACUACUCUUUAUCAGGCUCCAGAGCAGAACGUUUCUCUCUCAACCCGAUCAGUGGCGAGAUCAGAACUGCUUCCCCUCUGAGAUGGGCAGAGCGAUCUGAGUACACCUUCACUGUAACUGCUGCUGACCACGGCACACCAGGUCUUAGCUCUACCUGCCAGACACGCAUACAGGUUCUCAGCUCCUCCAGGUCCAUCCCAAAUCCCAAUGUCCUCUCUAUGAUCCUGAACACAGCCGAAGGGGCUCCUCCAGGCUCCAUCAUUGGUUCAGUGCGCCCACUUAACCAGCAUGAACCUGCUGUACUAGAAGGCCAGAUGACCUACCUGGUAGUGGGAGGGACAGACCGAGAUGGGACUUUCAUGGUGGACCGUCUAAAGGGUGAUGUGUACCUGGUACGUGAGCUGGACUAUGAGAGGGGUUCGAGGUACACGCUGCACAUCGAGGUGUCUGACUUUUCACAAGCCUUCCCCAGCAGCCACCUGGUGAAGCUGGAUAUCAAUGUGCAGGACAGCAACGACCAUGCCCCACAGUUCUCAGAGGACCCUGUUACCAUUGUGAUUGCAGAGAAUAUAGAGCCAGGUUCUUCCAUAUAUACGUUCCAAGCUAUCGAUCAGGAUGGCAGUGGACCCAACAGUGACCUACGUUACUCCAUUGAGCACCACUGGCCUGACACUGCUGAUCUCCUGAUCCUUGACCCGUCCAGCGGAGUCCUGACAUUGGGACAGAAGUUAGAUCAUGAAUCCACACCCUCCCUUUACCUUGUGGUGCGAGCCACAGACCAGGCCGUGGAUCCAUCUCAGAGGCGUUGGGGUUCGGUCACUGCUCGACUAUUUGUGACAGAUGAAAAUGAUAAUUCUCCUGUCUUCAGCUCUCCAUCUGCGGUCAGUGUCAUGGAGGAUCAACCUAUAGGGUUUGUAAUUUUGUACAUAAUGGCCCGAGAUGCAGAUGAAGGAGAAAAUGGCAGAGUUUCAUAUAGAAUCCAGGCAGGCAACAGUGCCGAUCGCUUCAGUCUGAACCCCAACACUGGCUCUCUUUCCAUCCUUAAAGCCCUGGACCGAGAAGACCAAGAAGUCUUCAAUCUAACUAUUGUAGCAGAGGAUCAUGGGAUACCUCAGCUUUCCACUUCGCAGGUUCUGUGUGUGCAGGUGAUUGAUGUGAACGAUGAAUCUCCAGUGUUUCAGCAAGCUGAGUUCGAGACCCAGGUGAUGGAAAAUCAAGGACCAGGAACUACAGUGUUGAUGGUUACUGCCACUGACCGGGACCAAGGUUCUAAUGGCCACAUAACAUAUGGAGGUGUGACAGAGGACGGCUUCAUCAUCAAUCCUAUCACAGGAGUCAUCACCACCACAAAGGAACUUGACACAGAACUACAGGAUCACUACACACUCACUGUGUAUGCCAGGGAUGGAGGGCUGCCGCCUAACUUUGCCAAGGCUGUGGUACGUGUGGAAGUACAGGAUGUGAAUGACAAUGCUCCAGUAUUUGCAAAGCUGUGGUAUGGACUUGAGGUGCCAGAGAACCAGGAGCCUAUAGAGCUUUGCUUCCUCAAGGCCACAGAUCCUGACUCAGGUCCUGGUGGAGAGCUGGAGUACAGAAUUGCUGGGGGGGACCCUGAUGGAGAUUUCCAACUCCACAUCAGCACAGGAGCCCUGUCCACCUCACGUGGGCUUGACAGGGAGAAGAAGGCUGAAUAUACCCUGGAGGUGGUGGCCAUGGACCGAGGCAGCCCAGCUCUCAGUGCUACUGUCACUGUGGAAGUCAAAGUUCUGGACGUUAAUGACAACAGCCCUGUCUUUAGCAAAAGUAGUUACACAGUGGAAGUGUCAGAGGAUGCUGCAGAAGGUUCUCAAGUUCUGCAGGUGUCAGCAACAGAUGCUGAUGAUGGUUUCAAUGGGAAAGUUCUGUAUUUCCUCAGCCAUGAGGCACAUGGAGCCUUUGCUGUGAAUGAGGACACUGGUCGUAUCACCAUAUCAGCCCCUCUGGACAGGGAAAAACUGGCAUCUUAUAGCUUUCAGGUGUUUGCUGUUGACCUUUCACCUGCUGCACCUAGGAACACUUCUGCUCAGGUCACAGUGACCAUCCUUGAUGUCAAUGACAAUGCUCCCUUCUUCAUCCAAGAUCCAUUAAUUAUCGAAGUGUCCAGCAGACGUUCUCAGCGGGUUUUAGCCACCAUGAAGGCUGAGGACAAGGACUUUGGGGCCAAUGGUUCUGUGUUUUAUCGUUUUGCCACUCCAGUGAAGGGCUUUAGCAUCAACUCCUUGACUGGGGAGAUCCAGGCCACUGAGCUACUGGGAGAUUUGACCCAGGCUCAGAGGACCCUGAUUGUGGAAGCCAUGGACCAAGGCAGUCCAGCUCAGUCUGCACAGGGGGUGGUGGUGAUUUAUGUGAAGGAGGUGGAGUACAAUGGCAUUCGUUUCUCUGGGAAUGCUAGAGACGUCAGCAUACAGGAGAAUGCUGCCAAAGGCACAGCUGUGGCUCAGGCUCAGGCCCAACAUCCAGAUGGCACACGUAAAGGGAUUAGCUAUAGCCUCUUUAGCGGAAAUCGAAAGCAGGCCUUCAGCAUCAGCUCCUCAACAGGUGAAAUUUGGGUGCAGAGUUCUAAGGGUCUAGACUUUGAAGAUACCCCCAGACUCCGUUUAGUUGUGAAGGCUGAAACUCUGUCCUCCACAUCUUUUAUGGCUAUUAACUUGGUCCUGCAGGAUGUCAAUGACAACCUUCCUCGCUUCCAGCUGCAGAAUUAUGUGGCCUACAUGAAAGAAGCGCAAGGAUAUGAAAUGCCAAUCAUACAGGUGGUGGCUGAAGAUGUAGAUCAGGGCCAAAAUGGCCAGGUCACAUACUCCAUCCAGUCAUCCAGUAUGAGUGGGUUGUUUAAGAUCGACCCUGUGACAGGAAGCAUCACCACAGCAGCCAUCAUGGAUCGUGAGAUCUUUACACAGACUAAACUAGUAGUCACCGCAACUGAUAGAGGAAGUCCAAGAUUGGCUGGUUCAGCCACACUGACAGUUAUAAUUGUUGACCAGAAUGACAACAGUCCAACUAUUCCCUUGCCUCAAGAGAUCCGCAUCCCAGAGAAUACUUUGAUAGGCACAGAGAUCACUCUUGUGACAGGCAACGACGUUGACUCCAGUCCUGCCCUCUCCUACUCCUUGCAACUGGACCCUACAGCCUCAGGCAAAUUUGGGAUUCACCGCUACAGUGGAGGUGUUUCACUCACUGGCCGUUUAGACUUUGAGGAGAAGACGUGGUACACCCUGACCGUCAGAGCAACAGACAGCCAGCACCAAACUGAGGCUAACAUUACGAUAGUAGUGGAAGACAUUAAUGACAACGCACCUGCAUUCACCCAUGAUCUCUAUCAGAUCACCCUGCCUGAACACACACCACCUGGAAGUGCAGUCAUCACAGUAACAGCUACUGACAGGGACUCUGGAGAGAAUGGGAAGGUCACGUACAGAAUGAUGUCGUCAACUCAGGAGGGUUUCUACAUUGACCCCAGCAAUGGAACCCUGUUUCUCAAUCACAGAGCAGAGUUUGAUCCCGAACGUCCAUCAGUCAACAUAGUCAUUGAAGCUUGUGAUGGAGGCUCACCUUCUCUCACCUCUUUGACUACAGUUCAGGUUCAAAUUGCUGAUGUCAAUGACAAUGCGCCUGUUUUUCACCAGUCAGAUUACAGAGCUACAAUUCCAGAGGAUUCCAUCCCAGGGUCAACAGUUCUGACUUUUGAGGCCUUUGAUAGUGACCUAUCACGAGAAAACUGUGGCUUUGACUUUGCUAUUGCCAAUGGGAAUGAAGGAAAUGCAUUCCAGAUUGAAAGCAGCGUGAGGUUCCUGGAAGGUCGAGGCUUUCAGACUGUUGGAACCCUCCUGCUAGCUGAGAUGCUUGAUUUUGAAACCAAACCAUUCUACAACCUCACAGUGGUGGUUUCGGACCGCGGUGUGCCCCAGAGGAGCUCCAGUGUUGCUGCUCUGAUAUCCAUUGGUGAUGUGAAUGACAACCCUCCAGUUUUCAGCAGAGCAGAAUAUACUGUGUCUCUCAGUGAAGGAGCUGCUUCUGGGACUGAGAUUAUGCGACUGACUGCCACAGACCCAGACUCAACUCCUAAUGCUGAAAUCCAAUAUACCAUCAGCUCUGGUGAUGAGGUGAACUUAUUUUCCAUUGAUCAGUGGACUGGAGCCAUGCGUCUUCAGCGAGCACUUGAUCGUGAGCACCAGUCCACACAUAUUGUCAUCAUUCAAGCCACAGAUGGACAGGGUCACUUCGCCUUAGCUCCCGUCAUUGUUGAGGUGAAAGAUGUAAAUGACAAUCAUCCAUUCUUUCCUGUGGAAGUCCUGACAGCCAGUAUCAGAGAAAACCAACCAGCAAACUCAGCAGUGACUGUUCUUCAUGCCAUAGACCAUGACACAGGGGUUUUUGGCCAGCUGAAAUACUACAUGGUGGAGAGGUCUGGGGCUGGAAAAGACAGUUUUGCUGUGGACCAGAAUUCAGGAGAAAUCACAAGCAAAAUUCCAUUUGACUUUGAGAAGAUCAACUCCUUUAAUUUCGUAGCAUUGGCAAUAGAUUCUGGCAACCAUUCAGCCACUGUGACUGUACAGGUGUUUGUCACAGGUGAGGAUGAGUAUGACCCAGUCUUCGCAUCCAGUGAUUUCUCAUUUGAAGUCCCAGAGGGAGCCAGGAAAGGCCAGAGCAUCGGCCAGGUCCAAGCAAAUGAUGAGGAUGGAGGGGUGGAUGGUAUUGUUCUCUACUCUCUAACCUCCAACUCACCAUUUUUUGAUGUAAACAAAACCACUGGAGUCAUUUUCCUCAAGUUGGACAGUUCAGGCAGCAGCAGCAGCAGCAGUGGUUCAGGUCGGGCUAAGCGGGAAACCAGGGUAAUGACCCUGGAUGUGAAAGCUCACAGUCCACUUGAUGCAUCUCGCACUACAACAGCCCAGAUCUCCGUUGAUGUUACUAACACCAACUUUGGCCUGGCUGCUGAUGUAAAUGUCUUGCUUAUUAGCAUCAUAGCCGUGUCUCUUGGUUUUAUCAUAUUGCUUGUAGUCAUGGCCGUGGUGGUGUUCCUGGUCAAGUCACGCAAGAGGAAGAAGGGCCAGGACACAGGCAACAGAGCUAUUACCUCAGGAACUGCCUUGAAGAAACUGGACGAUUGCAGCUCAGGGCCAGGUGGAGAGACUAUCUACCACCACACUUUGCCAGGUUAUGCAGGAGAUCAAAGUGGGGGUAGUGGUGGUCCCUAUACUAGAGGCGGCUCUUUGGAUCCUUCUCAUUCCAGUGGAAGAGGAUCAGCUGAGGCAGCAGAAGAUGAUGAGAUAAGGAUGAUUAAUGAGUACCCCCGUGUAGCUUCCAUCACCUCGUCUAUGCAGGAACACAUCUCAGCCAGAGGACCAGACUCUGGAAUCCAGCAGGAUGCUGACCAGCUCUCUGACAUCUCCUGUGAGCCUGCAGCUUUGGAGGGCAGCACCUGGUUCAAAGGAAAGAAACUGGGAGGUAGUCUGAGUGGGACCCUGCUUUCUGGCCAGUUACCAGUCUACAGGGAUGAGGGAGGUGGAUACCUGGGAGUUGGCCGUGGUCUGAACAUUUCACUCCCCAAGGACUACGCAUUCCCUGAGGAUGGUAAACCUUCAGUGGAUGGUUCUCUCACUGCUAUAGUUGCCAGUGAUGAGGAGCUUCGAGGGAGUUACAACUGGGAUUAUCUGCUUAACUGGUGCCCCCAGUUCCAACCUCUUGCUAAUGUCUUUACUGAGAUUGCCAGACUGAAAGAUGAAACGGCUCAGCAGAGUCAGAAUCCUCGUCAGCCCUUUCAGCCCAAACCCAAAAUGGAUCCCAAACCUAGAAUCGACCCUCCACCGCUCAUCACAUCAGUGGCCCACCCAGGGGCCAUGUCAGUUCCCCCAAAAGUUCCUGUGAUUGGGCGGACAUUCCCCCACUUGGCCUCGCUACGCAGGUCCCCAAUCAGUCAUGAGGGAUCCAUUUCAUCAGCAGCAAUGUCGCCAAGCUUCUCCCCUUCUUUGUCACCUUUGGCUGCUCGAUCCCCAGCAGUUUCUCCAUUUGGAGUCACCCAAGGACCCUCAGCAUCUAUGAUCAGCACCAGGGAGCCCUCACUGGACCAGAGUCCCGAUCAUGAAAUGAGAAUAUAAUUGAAAAAUGACAGAACAGCGUAAGGAGGAUUUCUAAAUGAGACAACAUGAACAAAGAAUAACAAACCAUCCAUUUGGAUGUUCUGAAUGUCAGAUGUACGAACAUUUUUUUUUUAAAUAAUUGACAGAGGGAUUCACAAAUGUCCAAAGGGUGGCAUUUGUUUUAAGUGAUUCAGGGGCAAUAAAAAGACCCACAAAAACUAGCUUUACCUUUUAAUGGUAGAAUAUUUGGAUUACUUCUUCCAGUGUUUGGCAGUAUUGAAGGAAGACAGAAGUGGAAACAUGCUUGGUUUGACAGAGACACAGGUCUCAAUGAACUGAUCAAGGUCAGGAGGUAAAUCAACCUCUUCAUGGGAGCGUGCACUCCUCAUGCCCUGCAGUCAGAGAUCUCUUUGUGUGUAAAUAGAUAAUUGCGUAGUUUUCUCGUUACCUCACUGGCUGGCCAGAGAGCUAAGGACCUUGUUCCUCUCUUUGUGUCUGUGGACAUGUUUUUUACACUUCAGUAUUAAACUCACAAAGGGACUGCUUUUGAAAUGACUCCUGUGUAUGAGCAGACAAAGUGUGUGUGUGUGUUCACAAAGACUAAAUGAAUUGCCAAGUCAUCACAAUGGGAGAGCGAUUGAGAUUAUUCUUCUCACCAAUUCAAAUGACACUUUGUUUUCUUGUUUUCUUUUUUAUAUUUUCAUAUGAUUUAAGAUCCAUUAUUCCACAUUGAGAGAUUUCUGUUUUUGUGUAUUUGCAUAUAUGUAUAUGUGUAUGUAUGCAAGUUAUGCUAUGUACUGUGUGUCUCCUAGGUUUUUAGAGACUCCUGUGACAGUUCUGGUGUGUGUGAGUGGAAAAUGUUUGUUUUUAGCAUUAUUUAUAUGACAAGAGGACUUUUUGCCACAUUUUGACAAUAGGAAACAGAGCACUAGCUGUGUCGUUACCUUAAGAUUUUUUUUUUUUUUUUUUUUUUUUUGUCAAAUUGUUGAUCACCCCAAAUUCAAAAGAGCAGCUGGAUAAAAAUCUGUCCCCAAUAAAUGAAUGCCAAUCUCUCUAACACUUGUGGUGAGCACUUAUGCGUAAUGGCACAUUCCCUCUGUAUUCAGGGAUAAUUCAAUUGUAAUCACCUUUGUGUCUUUCUUUUUU